AUGCAUCCGUCGUCGAUGAGUCCAUCGGGUAUCGCCAAGUCGUUCUUGCCGUCAAUGAGUCCAUCCGGAACGAUCAAGUCUUUUCUGCCGUGGCACCAACCAAAAGUAGCGGACGACGAAGACGACGGCGACGACGACACAAAAGACGUUCAGAACGAUGCCGGUGUCGACGAAGUGGACUCGGAAGACGUGCCGCAAUUCCCCAACGGCCUUUGGCAACAGCUCUGGUCUCGAAUGAAUCCGGCGGUCUGUUUGGCUCCGGAUACGGCUUGCACCGGUACCGUGAUGGGAGACGCAACGGCGAUUGACUUGGACCGGGAAGUGCCCAAACUUCUACGAGAUCUUAAACAGCCAGGCAACGAGCGAACGGAGGCACUGCAGCGACUUUACAAACUCUCCGAUCGACAGCGGAAAAACAAUCGGUACGUAAGAAUAGGGAAACCCCUCGGCGACUGCUCUACCACCAAGACCUCUAUUGUUUUGACCGUGAAACUCACAGUCCCCACUCUGCACAGUGUACCCAUUGUUGCCGUGGUUAAUUCCGAGCAAGAAAGUGUAUUCCAAGGACUCCAACCGUGCUUGUCACCACUGGCCAGUGAAGCUGAUCGUCGCCAGGCACUCCUCUUGCUCAACAAUCUAUGCAUUCCAAUGCAAAAUAAAGCAUUUAUACUGCUCGGGGAUCAGGCCGAUACGGUCUUGUCGAGUCUCAUGAUCAUCCUGCAAAACAAGCUGCCCGAAGCAUAUCUAGCUGCCGCGUGCUUGUUCAAUCUUUCGUACUUACCAGACGCCAAGAAAAUGUUGUUUUAUUACGCUCCGGUGGUGGCGCCCGAAAACAUGCGCUCCCGAAAUCGAUUCGACCGUGGCGACAGCACGGAACAAGGAGCCCAAGCCACACAGUCGCUCAUACUCUUUCGCGUCGUCGAAGAAAUGUGCAACGCCUACGCCCCCGCACUCGAGAAAAAGGAGCAUUCCGCGGAUACCGAAGCCAUUCGCUGGAGCAUCGCGUUCGUACGCAACCUCGCGACGGAGGCCGUCUUGGGCUCCACCAUUGCACACGACUCCGUCUUUCCGACCCUGGCCGUUCAGUAUCUCAAGUCGCACGCACCCGAGGACAUGGCCCGGUGGACCCAGCAUUCUAUGCCGGACGUGUGCCUCUCACUCAUCUGGCAUCUCGUGGUCUUUGAAGAUUGCCUCGAGCCGUUGUUGGCGCAGGACACCCAGGACGCACUCUUGACGCUGCAAGGCCGGGGUGGCAUUCACGAAAUGUGGGCCCGAGCCGUCCUGAAUAAACUACAGGCUGAGGAGAACGCCUUCCAAAAAGUCGUGGUGGACGAUGAUCCCUAAACGAUAAUGGUUUUGUGUUACUACACGUGUAUGUUACGUAUUGACAUAGAGUUGCUCGGUGCAUGCUCGCUACUUUGGUGGGUGGAUGUCAAAAGCGCUCGUUAGCAGUGUCAAAUGUUUGGAACCAGGGAAUAUGCUUAAUCUUUGGAUGAUGGCUGCCAACAUUUCGCCUUUAAAUGUCCGUGCCGUAAAUAUAGAAAUUUCGUAUAUGUUGUUCAACGGGUAGCGAUGAAACCCUGGCUUGCACUCCUACUAAACCUUACUUGAACAUGGAUUGUUCAUGCCGUCACGUUUGAGAGAGUUUGCUGCUCACUACCGUCGGUCGCGUGUCGACUAACUGCGGCUUUACCAUAACUUUUGGCGCAGAUAUUGAAUGAAGGUUAUCUUCGCUGUUGAUCUUUGAGUGAAAAAAGACUUGAAGAUAUUUCUGUUGGAUAAUCUUUUCUUUU